UCCUGUCAUCUAAACUGUCAAAGGGAAAGGAAAGGACUGUAAGAAUUAAUUACCCUUUACUACUGACUGUAUGAACUAGGCAAAGUUAUAUGAAUCAAUACAAAGUGUGUAUUUAUCUUGUAUCCAACCAGCUAUAGAAUCAUACGCUGUAAAAGUCACUAUCUCAAUCCUAGGAAAAUUCAGGAUUCCUUAUUUGUUGAUCCAGAAAAAAAAAUUCUUUCAAGAAGGUUGAAAAGUGCUUCAUGAAAAAUAAAAUGACAUCUCCACGUCAAGGUGAAGACCAGGAAGAUGAGCCAGAAAUCAAUGAAGAGGAAGAAGAAGCUAUGGAAGAGGAGGAAGUGCCAGACUCUUCCACCUCUACGACUGUCGGUCGAUCAGUCACUCUACAGAAACUCCUGGCCGCUGGGAUUCUACACCCCGGUGAUCAAGUCAUGUCGAUAGAAUACUUGGGGCAGAGAUUUAUGGGUGAUCUCCUGCCAGAUGGGAAGAUAAGAUCAGUCGAAACGGACUUGAUAUUUGCGUCUCCGAGUGCGUGGGCGAUACAUUGCAAACGCAUCAUCAACCCGGACAAAAAGUCUGGUUGCGGAUGGGCUUCUGUGAAAUAUAAAGGAAGAAAACUUGAUGCAUGCAAGAACGAAUAUUUCUUCAAGAAGAAACCUUUUACAAAAAAUAAAGAAAACGAACCGCAGCCUGAAAACAAAAAUAAGGACAACGAUCACCACUCAGACGCAGACGAAGAAAUGGAGCUGAAGCCACCAGCUUCCACCAUCCUUCCCCCCACUCCAGCGGCUACCCCUACCCCUCAGCUGACUCUGGUGAGGCCGGUGGUCAAACACAACAUGCUCGGCAACCGAUCUACUCUGCAUGAUCCCAAUACCCUGGUGGAGAGUGUGCCGUUCUCAGUGAUGGGCAAGAUCCAGCCCUUCCUAGUGUCUAUGUCGACCAACGCAGCUCUAGUGAUGGACUUUCACUGUCACCUCACUACCUCGGAGGUCGUAGGCUACCUGGCCGGCCACUGGGACGUCAAUGCACAUAAUCUGGCCAUCACACAUGUGUUCCCGUGCAGGUCACGCCUCAGCGACAGAGAGAUGGCUCCUCUGGUAGAACAAGAGAUACAGAAGGCGAUGGAGGCUCGGCGGCUGACUCUGGUGGGCUGGUAUCACAGUCACCCCUCGUCUCCUGCUACCCCCACCCUGCGAGACAUUGACACUCAGCUGGAUUAUGAGAUCAUCAUGAGAGGGGGGAAUGACGCCAGCUACACUCCCUGCGUGGGAGUCAUAUGUUCACCCUACAACAAGGACAGCCUCAGUCUGGAGUCUACUGUGGUCAGCUAUUGGGUCGCUCCACCCCCUGAGAACAAACCUCACGAGUACGGCAAGCCGAUGUUGAUGAGUUACAGUGUGAUUCAGGACCAGUAUCUCACCCAGGACACUCUCAAUGAGAUGAAAAAAUGUGCGGAUUACUACAAAGGCGAUCCAGAUGUUGUCAAAUUUGGGGAAAAAUACAAAGGAAACGUAACUUACCUGGACAAACUGAAGACGACACUGACGUCCAAGUUCCCACGAGACCAGAGUGAUGGCAAGCUGUGGGCGUAUCUGAGUGAGCUGGUCAUGCCGGGCAGUACAGGAGAGACAUCUCCCCCCUCUGUGCCCGCCUCUCCGUCCCCCACCCCCUCUCCUUCCACGUCCUCCGCUACCUCAUCCGCCUCUGCUCUUGGUCUCAACAUACCAAAAGCCGGAGCCAGCCUGUUUAGUGCGGAAAUUGCCAACGCUCUGUUCAGUGCAGGCAAGUUCCCCACGCCAGCUUCUUUGAUGGGCCUCUCCGCUCUGUUCCCCACACCACUACCCCCUAGUCUGCUCAAGUAUCCCUCCCCCAGCAAACUACUCGACAAGAACUACACUCUGACCAGUGGCCACUCCUGAGACUGGCUCAACCUGUUCAGCCCGUGAAUAGCCUCAUCGUCUGCUGAAGGUUAACACUUACACCAGGAAACUAAAGAUCUGGGACUUAAGACUAUAUAGUUAUCUUAGAGGUCGUUGUGGACAUUUUCCAUAGAUUAAAAAACAAAGUUUUCAUGACAAAAAUGAAUAACUUACUUGCACACUACCUUCUUACUACUGUCAUGUACCUAUGUAUUAGUUGUUUUACUGUCAUACUUUUUUUUUAAAUGCUUUUGUUUUCAUUUUAUUUUUAAAUGUAAUUAAUUUCUCACUGGAGGCCGGGAUCAGAUUCCAGAUCCCAAACACUUUGUUUUCACUUAUAGUGAUGGAAAAUGUCCGCAAUAGUCUCUUAAACAUUGUAAACUAACCAUUACCAAAUUUAAAUUAACUUAAUUCAAAGAAGACCAUUGUGUUGAAUUUUGCACAAUUUUAUUUUGGAAUCUAUUGAAACUUUUUUUGUAAAAACUUUUGAAGAGGUCAGCUUAAUUUAGGCUAUAACUAGAAGUACAAUGCAGUUGUCUGCUUGCAAAAUUGAGCAGAGCAAGCAUAGGGAAAUGUAACUAUGAAUUGAUUGUUCCCAAUGGGCUAGAGUUUACAUGAAGGGAAUGUCUACUUGCAGUAUCUAAAGUCAAUGCUACAUCUGGUUCACCUUAAUGGGAUAUUUACUUGCAGUAUCCAAAGUCAAUGCUGUACCUGGUUCACAAAUGUGAUGUGAUCAACCGAUAGGGCCUAUGUUAAAUUUCUAAAAGUUUAAAUUCACGUAGGGGAAAGCCGAGUAGUCUGAUUUGUACCGCUUCAGAUUUAUAUCUUCCCAUGGUUGGUUACUAUGACAGUGCUAAAUUUAAUGCUGAUCGCUUCAGCUGUUCAGGAGGAGUAUGUGGAAAACAAAAGCAGGAGUGUACAGUAGUAUAAGAGCUUCACUCAAACUGUUUAUAGUACUUUGAAUGUCAACUGUACCAAUUAAACAAACUUGGAACUUUUGUUAAUGGUCUUGUCAAUUGAAAGUAAUUACGUAUUUUAAUUUUGAUACUAAAACGAUUAACGAAAUUAUUGACUUUUGUAUACUGAAGUCUUCUUUCAAGAUUAAAUGGUAAAGGCCAGUUACGGGUUAUAGAGCUUAUAAUAAGAACAUCACUAAUACUUAAUUAUUUAGUUAAAUUUCAUCUUAUUAUGAAUCAUGAAUAAUUGUUGUAGUAGGUGUUAGAUUUCAAUUUCAUGCUGGUUGUGAAGAUAUGGCUUCUAAAAGGAGUGAAACACAUUUCACAAACUAACGAUUGUUUCUCUUCUCUUGCAGGUAUUUUAUCAAAGAAGUUAU